ACGCAAAAAAAUCAGAUUCUUCAGUCGAAGAUGCGAACAAGUUGCUCUCCUCCUCCGCGACGAUCGGUUCGGUCAGGUCGUGCCUCGCUAGUACUGGCAGCAGCACGGGGUUAGUUUAUUAUUAAAACCGCGUUUUAGUUCGUCGUGGAUCGCGGAAAUUCGUGGCGUAGUUCCGGGAGAGCUUUCCUCGCGGAGGAAUUCCGCGGAGCGAGAACCAGAUUCAGCAGCGGGAGUCUCUUGGAAGUUGAUUCCAACUGGCCUGGGAAAAGAAUUUCAUCGCAAAUUCUGAGCAAAGAUUGAAGAUUGAAGGAAGUCGGAACGGGAAACCUCAAGAAGAAAUAAAAUAAAAUAAAAAAAAAAACGGUGUGUCUUCAGGUGCCAUCGCGCUGCUCCGUCGGUCGUCGUCAUCACCGUAAUAAUUCGUCAUUGGAAUCUAAAAUUCAUCAUCGUCAUCAUCAUCAGCAGCAGCAGCGUAGCAGAAGGAAGAAUUUCUUGUUUACGAAGAAGAGUUUGAGUGAAAACAGGAGAAAAAAAUAAAUUUUAGGCUUCUUCUGAAGAAGAAAGAAAGAAAAAAACGGGUUUCAAGUGUAUGUUAAAUCAUUAUUAGUAGUGAAAAUAAGUUUAUAAAAUUGUUGAAAGAAUAGUGGCUAAAUUAUAAGUAUCGCUUGAAACAAGAAAGUAGCAAAGUGCCAGUGUGAAAAUUGUGUAAAAUUAAGGAAAAUCGUGAAAAGGAAACAGAAAAGUUUAGUGUCUAAAUUUCUAAGUGAAUAUGACCAGAAGCUGCUGCAAGCAGCAGCAUGAUUGAACCAUGCUGAAGGAAUUGACCGGAGAAAGUUUAUAAAAGGAUCAUCUCGUGUGAUCGUGUGCGUGCCUGCCACCAGCGCACCGGCGCAGCCUCGUCAUCAUUCCAGCAUGGACAGCUCCCGAGGGCACUUCCUGAAUCGGCACGAAAUGGCACGCGACUCGACAAUGGGACGGGACCGGAUUCUGGUGGUGCCCAGCACCGGGAUCGCGCUGGACACGCCCUCGACGUCCCAGCCCAGUGGUGGUGGUGGUGCGGCCGGGCCCGGUGGCGGUGGCGCCGCCGUCCCGUCCGACAUCAACCAGCAGAUACUGGAGGUGAGCCUGCUGCAACUUCGCAAGGAACAGGAAAUCCAGAAGCAGAAACUCUGGCAUGCCUUCCAGGAGAAGAACAAGGAGCUGGAGAUGCAGCACCGACAACAGUUGGAACACAAAUUUCAGCUAGCGCAAGCCUAUCACCACACUACUGGGUACGUCUUCCAGGAACUGCGCGACCAGCGGCUAGCCGAGGAGGCCGCCCAGCAGCGGGAACGGCGCGAACGGGAGGCGAUCAAGCGGAGCAAGGAAAAGCAGGACUUUAGCGCCAACGCCAGCUCCGAGGUCAAGCAGAAGCUUCAGACCUUCCUGAUACAGAAAAAGCAAGCGGCAGCCUCGAACGGAAUGAAUUCCCCCUCGUCCUAUCGAAAUUGGGGCGUGGUGAAAUCCUCCUCCGGUGAGUCCAUCCAGGCGGGGGCCGUCGCGGCCAGUUCGCACCCGUACAAAAUUCCGCCCCCGCCGCCGUCCGCCAUCGCCAAGUACGAGUCGGACUUUCCGCUGCGGAAAACCGCUUCCGAGUCGAACCUGCUGAAGAUCCGCAUCAAGCAGCGGGUCAUCGAGAAACGUGCCAUGACGGGGCCGGCGCUCGCCCGCCGCCAGGAACGGCUCCAGCAGGCGGCCCAGCGCCGACUCCAGAAGCAGCAGCAGCAGCAGCACCAGAGCCAGUCCCAGCACGGUUCCCAUCCCCAUCCGACGCACCCGCAGUUGUCCGCGCUGGCCGCCGCACAUUCCGCAAAUUGCGCCACCGGAGGAACGCCCGAUUCGGGUCCAAACUCACCGCCCGCCCUCGGAAGUCGCGGCUCCCCGUCCAACGCACCCAUCCAGGAGGAGAACGAAGACCCGCAGUACGGCCCCGGAGGUCGGUCCAGCAUCAACGACCUCUCACUCUUCAGUUCCCCCUCGAUGCCGAACAUUUCCCUCGGACGGCCACACCUUGCCGACAAUCCGCUGAUGGUACCGCUGAGACCGCCCCAUCCGCUGGUGGCCGCUGCCGGUCAGCAGCCACCACCACCCCCCUCCCACCACCAAUCUCAGCAGCAGCAGUUUGGGGCGGCCAUGUUGGAACAGCUUACGGAGCAGCAGCUGCAGGCGGCUGCUGCGGCGGCCGCAGCGGCUGCCGCCGCCAGUGGGCUGUCUAUCAACCCGGCCCACCAUCUGGCGGGAAUGCAUGCCGGAGUGCCGCCCCCGGUCCCCGUGUACGGUCAUCCCAUUACGGACGCCCAGGUGGCGCAAGCGCGGUUACACAAGCAGGGCCACCGGCCGCUGGGAAGGACGCAGUCGGCGCCGUUGCCGCUCGGGCAUCCGAUGCUGACGGGGGCGGCCGGGGUGAACAUCGGGCAGACGCACUACGAGAAUAGUGAUGCCGAACGCCAAGCGUACGAGCAGCACCUGCUGAUGAAGCAGAAGAUCCGCCAGACGGCGCUGAACCGCGCCAACUGCGUCCGCGAACCCCAGCUCAAGGAGGAGGUCGAAAGCGGCGAGGUGAUCGACCUCACGGACAAAAAGCAACCUCCGAAGACGACGGUCAUAACGGCGGCGGCGAGCACAACAACCACCGUCAACAACGGGCUGGGCAGCGUGAUCAAGAGUACGUCGCACACGUCGCUGCUGCAGCGGGAUCCCUCGGCCGAGAGUUUGCAGCAGCAGCAGCACGUGGAGUUUAUGCAGCAGCGGGAGCGGGAGUUGGCGUUGAUGCGGCACUCGAUGCAGCUGGGCAUGCUGGAGGAUCAGUACCAGAGGGCGGCGGCGGCGGGGAUUUUGAGGCCGUUGUCGCGGACGUCGUCGAGUCCGUUGGUGCAUUUGGGGGCGCCGGCGAGCAGUAAUCAUCCGAUGGCGACGGCGCUGUCGGACACCGGGCAGGACGAUAUUCCGCCGCCGGUGAACUUGACGGUGCAGAACAGGAGCCGGAGCAUGCUGAGUUACACGAACGAGGGGUUGACGAGUCCGGGGCCGUUGCAGUUGACGACUUCGUCGUCGGCGUCGGCGAUUCCGAUUCGGUUGGUGCAGCAGCAGAGUGGGAAGCCGACGACCGGGCUGGCGUUUGACAGUUUGAUGUUGAAGCACACUUGUGUUUGCGGGGACAACGCGGCCCAUCCGGAGCACAGCGGCAGGUUGCAGAGCGUUUGGGCGAGGUUGGUGGAGACGGGGCUAGCGUCGCGUUGCGACAAGCUGCGAUCGAGGAAGGCGACCCAGGAGGAACUUCAAACCGUGCAUACGGAGGCGCAUUCGCUGCUGUUCGGGACGAGUCAGCUGAACCGGCAGAAGGUGGACGCCAGCCGGGUCAGUUUUGUACGGUUGGCUUGCGGCGGAGUUGGGGUGGAUUUGGACACGACUUGGAACGAACACCACACGGCUGCCGCGGCUCGAAUGGCCGCCGGUUGCGUGAUAGACCUCGCGUACAAAGCAGCCAAGGCGGAAAUCCGGAACGGGUUCGCCGUGGUCCGUCCCCCGGGUCAUCACGCCGAACCGAACGCCGCCAUGGGCUUUUGCUUCUUCAACUCGAUCGCCAUCGCGGCCAAAGUGCUGCGCCAGCGACUUCCCUCCGACGUCCAGCGGGUUCUGAUCGUCGACUGGGACGUGCACCACGGCAACGGAACGCAGCAGGUCUUCUACGACGAUCCGAACGUGCUCUAUCUGUCCAUCCAUCGGCACGACGACGGCAACUUCUUCCCCGGAACGGGAGGUCCCACCGAGUGCGGGGCCGGCCCGGGCCUCGGUUUCAACGUCAACAUUGCCUGGUCCGGCGGGCUGAGCCCUCCGCUAGGCGAUGCCGAGUAUCUGGCCGCGUUCCGCACCGUUGUGAUGCCGAUUGCGCGCGAGUUCCAGCCGGAUCUGGUGCUCGUGUCGGCCGGGUUCGACGCGGCCUUUGGCCACCCGGCUCCGCUCGGCGGCUACAUGGUGUCGCCGGCCUGCUUCGGGUACCUGACGCGCGAGCUCAUGAAGCUGGCCGAGGGAAAGGUCGUCCUCGCCCUGGAAGGUGGCUACGAUCUGCCCGCCAUCUGCGACUCCGCCCAGGAGUGCGUGCGCGCCCUGCUCGGUGACGACCUUUCGCCAAUAGCCGCCACCGAACUGUCCCGCCCGCCCUGUCAGUCGGCGAUCGAAACGCUCCAGAAGACGAUCGCCAUCCAGAUGACGCACUGGCCCUGCGUCAAGCGGCUCGCCCACACCGUGGGCUUUUCGGCCAUGCAGGCCGUCAGUGGGCCGCUGAGCGGUUCGGGCGACCGGGAAGAGUCGGACACGGUGACGGCGAUGGCCGGGCUGUCGAUGCAGCCGCCGAAUCGAACAUCGGACAUCUCGCGCGAGGACUCUGAGGAGCCGAUGGACCAGGACGAGUCCAAGUAGGAAGCCAAGCCGGCUGACUAGAAUCAUCCCGCUUUUGGAACCUAAAGAUGGCACCUCACAAACUCUCUUGGGCACACGCGUUAAUGCCAGAGCCGGAGUUUUUUUUUGUUUUUGGACGAAGCAGAAGCAAAAAUUGACGCAAAAGAAAACAAAAUGUUACCUCGAUGUGAAGUAAGUGUAAUUUUACCUGUUAAAGAGAGGGAGAUGGGAGAGAGCAAACGCUGUGGGAAGCGUUGCGCGAGAGAGAGAAAGGAGGGUGGGAGAGUAUUUAAGGGAGCGUUACAGAGCUUAGAAAAGAUUUUUAAGAGAGAGCGCGAGAGUGGAAUCAAUUUGACAGUUUUUGGUUUGAGACCAUGAAAUGAAAAAAAAAGAACUCAAAAUCAGGGAAAACAAAUAUUGUGGUUGAAUUCGGAAACUAAGCUGUUGUACUAAUUGUUAUAAGGGGAAAUUUGGAGGGUUUGGGGAGGAAAGAGAGAGGGAGAGAGCACAUUUUUGAAGAGAGUCGACGACCUUUGGUCAAAUUUAAAAUUGUUUUAUUUUUGGCACAACAAAACUCAGAGUUGACAAACCACUCUGGGUGCAUUCGUAGAACAGAACUUGUAGUGAUAUCAUCGUAACAGAAAUAUAUUUCCGUUUUUUCGUUGGUUGUUCAUUGUUGGCUGUUGGGAAAUUUCAUCGUAUGGAAAUAGAGGGAAAUAUAUAUACAUAUUUGAAAAAAAUAUAUAAACUAAUCUGGAUGUGAAACGCAAAAUUUCGUUCAAAACAGAAAUCAUAAAGGUAAAAUACAGUUAAGAUUACAACAUUACAGAAAAAAGUACGUUUGUUUUACAAAAUGCAAAGAAAGCGGUAAUUACAAAGUAAUUUUUAUAGGAAACUAACAAACAAAAACGCUGACUUCUUAUAUACUUGUACUAAAAAAAACAACUUUUUCAAACACAGAUACAAUCUUUUAAAUCUUCUCAAACGCGUACGCACGGUGGAAACAUCUCGCAAACAAAACGUAUUCCUUCCAACGUAGUGCUAAAAAGUCGCACUUUUGUCACCACAAACCAUUUGGAGAAACACUUGUACUAAACAAAAAUCACGAAAGCAACCGUACUCUCUCAUCCCUAUCACACAAAAAAACGAAACAAAAAUCUGCUCAACCACACACACAAAACUUGCACGCUUGCUCCUUUUUCUAGAAAGCUAAAAAAAGUUGUACUAAAAUUUUAGUACAAGUUUGAAUUGUACUAAAUUUCAGAACAAAUCAAAUUGUUUUAAUUUUUAUGAAUUACAACCUGUACUAAAAAAUUAGUACAAAAAAGUUGUACUAAAAAAUUAGUACACCCCCCUAAAAUCAGCCCAAACGAAUACCAAGUAAAAUAGCGAAUAAAUGCAACACGAACACACUCAAGAAUUACAACAAGAUUUAUAACUGCUGCCAUAAAACAAUAAAACUAGAGAGAGAGCGAGAGAAAAAAUAACCUAGCGAGAGAUAACCUUUUAAAUCCACGUAAACAAACAGCCUGCUGCGAGUGUUUUUUGGUUUUGGUUCUCUUUUUCCGUUUUUCCUUGUGCUAAUGUGUGUAGCAAAAUUGAUUGCGACUUUCGCAAAAAAAGAAAAAAAAAAUACAGAGAUAAUAUUUAUACUAGUGACAAAAAUCGCGAAAAAAAGAGUACAUUUUUAAAAAACAGUUUAUCUUUAAUAAGUGUUGAGUGACCUUAAUGUAUACCAACGAAAAGAGAGUAAAACCAUUUAAUACAGAUUGCAAACAGAUAUAAAGUAUAAAGUUUAAAAAAACGUACAUUUCAAAAAACAAAAUAAAAACUUAAAGCUUUCAGAACAAAGUACUAAAAAAAGGGUAACGAUGCGAUAGGUAGCAAAUUUGAGCGUUUAACACACACACUAUUUAAAGAGGGUCGCUGGAAAAAAAUAUUUUACAAAUCACACUUGAAGCUUACCGAACGCUAUCCACUUGCUGUUUCUCGUCCAUUUUGGUUGUACUAAAAAAAAGUAACACAACACAUAACACACUCAUAGCCGAAACAAACGCCGUCGCUUUUGGGCUGUACUAAACGCUGAGUUUUGUACUAAAAUCAGCGACACAGAGAGGACGUUUAGUUCCCGUUUUUUACCCACAACUGUGCUGUAACUUUUUGUACUAAAAUCGGCUGUUCCGACCGAACCGGGUCCGGAAACUCCGCACCAUAGUUUGUAGUUCAAGUAUAUAUCUCUAUAUUGGUCAAAGUGCUGGUCACUUUGUCUUUGUUUUUUUUUUAUUUCUUGGAAAUAACACACACUAAUACACACACACAAUUGUACACAAACAGAAUUAAACAGAAAAAUGGGAGAAAAGCCGACUUGGUCGAUGUGAUAUUGUUUCUCAAAUAAAAUUAAAAAAUGCAUUUUUCUAACCCCUUCCCCGUCCUCUUUCCCGCUUUUCCCAAUUGUUAUUGUUUUGUUAUUUUGCCACCACGCCUCUACUAGCCAGUGAAAAAUUAAGUACAUUGAACUAAAAUUUUAGUACAAUGACUACUGCUCAAAAUUGAGCUUUUGACAGUUGGUGAAUUUUCAUAAUUGCAUGGGCAGAUUGCCAACUUGUACUAAAUUUGUAUACACGACACUGAAGUUUAGUACAAUGACGUUAUUAAAAAUUAACAGUUGCAAAAUUGUACUAAAUUGGAGAACAAUUUUCCAAAAUUUAGUACAAUUUAGUACAUUAACAUGGACUCAAAAUUGAACAUUUGACAGAUGAUGAAUUUUCGUAAUUGCCCGGGCAUUCACUGUACUAAAGUUUAGUAAUGUGACGUUGACUCAAAAUUCAACAGGUUAUUGCCAAUAUGUACUAAAUUGGAGAACAAUGUUCUAAAAUUUAGAGCAAUUUAUUUUAGUUAAAGUACGUUGAAUUAAAAUUUUAGUACAACGACCAAGACUCAACAUUGUGCUUUUGGUAGUAUAUUCAUGGGCAGAUUGCAAACUUGUUCUAAAUUUUAUACAUUGCACUCAAGUUUAGUACAGUUAUUUUGACUCAAGAUUUACCGAUUAUUGUAAUAUUGUUCUAAAUUGGAGAAAAAUGUUUUAAAUUUUUAGUACAAUUUGUUUGAGUUCAGGUACAUUGAAUUGUAGUACAAUGACUUCAACUCGAAAUUGAGCCUUAGACAGUUGAUAAGUUUUUGUAAAUGCAUCGGCAGAUUGCUGCCAACUUGUACUAAAUGUUAGUACACUCUUCUUAAGUUGAGUAUAUUUUUUAAAUGCCAAUAUGUACAUUGUACUAAAAAUUUAGUAUGAAGACGUCGACGUCCGUUGGUAAAUUUACGUAAUGCGUAACAAUUCAACUCAACUGAAAGUAUAUUUACGAUGAACCAAAGUUAAGUAACUCAUAUUUGACAAUUGGUUAAUUUUAGUGAAUGCUUACGCAGAUUAUUGUCAACAUUUACUUAAGACGGCACUGUAUUACAGUUUAGUACAAUCCUUCUUUUUCUAUACACCAACUUGUACCUAUUUUUAUAAUUUCUCCUAAAUUUUAGAACAAUGUACUAAAUUUUAAUUCAGGCGUUUAAUUUAUUCUUUUUCUGACAGUUGGUGCAUUUUCUUAAAUUCGCAGAUAAUCGACAACAUGUACUGAAUUUAAAAAAAAAACAGUGUUCCGUUCAGUUAAAUAUUUAAAAAAUCAAAUCAAUUUACUGAAAUUUUAGUACAAUGCUUUGACUCAAAAUAGAUUAACCUAAAUUUACCUAUUUUUUGACAAUUGGUGAUUUGAAGUUUAGUGCAAUGUUCUAAAUGUUCAGUACAAUAUUAUAAAAGUUUAGAACAUUAUUCUAAAAGUUUAGUACAAUGUUCUAAAAGUUUAGUAUAAGGUACUAAAAGUCUAGUGAAAUGUACUGAAAGUAUUAAACUUUUAGUACAACAGCGCCGACUCAAAAUUGAGCAAGUUUGUAAAUUUUUUUGACUGUUGGCUAUUUUUUUAACACGUGCUCACGAAUCAUUGCAAAUUUCGUAACGCGAAAAAAGCGCAGACUCGAUGCGUGACGUAAUUUACGAACCAGCCUCCAGCUUUGUUUACUUUGUGAUAAUUUUUGACAACUCACCUCCGGCAACGCUCUGAAAAAAAAAACACAAAUUGAAACAAAAACUAGUGAAAUACGCUUUUGUUGUACUAAAAAUGAAAGCGAAAAAAUGGAAUAACCUCAGCAGAAUCGACUCACGAAUGAAAUGACAAAUGGAAAAUAAGAAACGAGAGAGAGAGAGAGAGAGAGAGAGAGAGAGAGAGAGAGAGAGAGAGAGAGAGAGAGAGAAAAGUUACAUGAAUGAACCAAGCAAAAAAAAUAAAUAAUGAAGUAAAACUGAAACAUUCCUCUUUUAAAGAAAGUUUAAGAAAAGUUAAUUUAUGUUUAACACAAAAACACACGCAAAGAAAUGCAUUAAAAAUGGCCGCGCGCGAAUCGUUGUGAGAGAGUGAGAGUGUGAGCGAGCGAGUGAGAGAGUGAGUGAGUUGAAACUCCCACUUUAGUUAAUUAUGGUUUAGCGUGCUAAGGAAACGACGACGAGUUGUACAUAGUUUAGAACACUAGCUUUCCUUCUUGUGUAAUAGUUUAUGGACGGCCCCCGUUUCUAUUUUUAUGCCUAUUAUGUCUUAAAUUAUCCCACUUUUUUGUUAGAUAAAAGCAGUUCUCCCUGUAAAACGUUUAAUUUUAUGCAACUGUUGCUGUUUUAUUUGUUUGUACUAAAAAAAAAAGAGAAAGAAUAUAAAAUGCGAUAGAAUUUAUUACGUUUUUCAACGAAUACCUUGUGUGCAAACAGAUUGAAGCAGAACACACAAAUACGCGUACACACAGAGACAACAACACAGACACGUGAAAACGAAUAGCUAGUUCAAUUUAACAAAAAAAAGAAGAAGUUAAUAGAAAGAGAGUGUUAUUACUCUUUUGAUCGAGUGCAAAUGGAGAGCUGGGCUAGAGAAAGUAUAUUUAAAAAGAGAGAAAAUACAGAAAAAUUUAGAAAGCAACUAGUUAGCUAAGUUAAAAAUGAGAAAAACUAAAAACAAAACAGUUUUGAACUAUUUGAAAACAGAGAAAUAUAAAAAAAUUAACAAACUAAUCAACGAUUCAUUUCAAAAAUGAAAAAUUUAAGGUUAAAAGAGAAAAAGUAAUCUAUUUUUGGAUGCGACACGUAAAAAUAAAUAAAUUUAAACUAAAACCCAUUUGUUCCGCAAAAGGAAACGAUACUUCUCUCUGCAAGAAAACAAACAAAAGAGACGCCGCCAUCUUUCAUCUCAUGUAGUUUAAAAAAACACACACACAAACAAAUCUUUGACCGGUUCAAACAAACGUUAAAGCACAACAUAACCAACAAAAUAAGCAGACAAAUCUUAACAAAUUGAUACAAUCUGGAAACUGGGCAGAAUCAGACGCCGAGAGGAAGGCGGAGAGAAGUGGGGGUUAAAAGUUUCUGAGUUUUUUUUUCUUGGGUAAGAGAAAGAGAGAGGCAAGUUGGGAAAUCUUUAAGACUAAGUCUGUACUUUGAAUUUGUGAAAUUCACUUAGUGGUGAGAAGCAAACGGGAGAGAAAAUUUAUUAUGGGAAACAGUUGGUGAAAAAAAAGAAAGAAAAAGAAAACAAAUACUGACCGUCAAAUCGUUGUUUAAAAAACAGAAAGAGAGAAAAAAAACUAUAACAAAAAAGAGAAAACAA